AUGUUGGCAGCAUCAUGGGUGUCUCUGCGCUGUCUGAGGUCGCAAACGCCCUCGAUAUCGCGUCAAUUCCUGAGGAGGGCUAGUACAGACUCUCCGUACAAUCUUCCGACCGUCCUUCUCGAGCGCGCCCGCAAGCUCGCAGUCGAACAUGGCCAACUAAGUCAGCAGCUUGCCGAUUCUUUCGACUCCAAAAUCUCAAAGCGCGCUGGCGAGAUAGCUGGCGUCGCAACGGCCCUGAGAGAAUGGGAGGCGGCACAGUCCUCCUUGUCUGAGCUGAGCGGCCUUCUGCAGUCCAAAGACGCUGAGAUGCGUGAAAUGGCACAAGAAGAGCUCCAGGCGACUCACGAGCAUCUGGGCACUCUUGGCCACAAGCUCUCAGCGAGCCUGACACCCAAGGACCCCUACGCAGACUUGCCCUGCAUUCUCGAGUUCCGGCCUGGCCCUGGCGGUGUAGAAGGGCGAUUCUUCACAGAUACUCUGUUCAAAAUGUACCAGCUGUAUUGCCAGCGCAAGGGUUUCCGUACAAAGGUCGUCAAGUACGAGACAGCAGAAGGCGCGGGGGAUAUGAAAGGCUCUGAUGGGGAGUUACCCCUACAAGAGGCGGUGUUGGAGGUCCAGGACAUGGGCGCCUACGAUAUCUUCCGUGCUGAAGCAGGAAUACAUCGGGUGCAGCGUGUGCCCGUGACGGAGAACAAGGGCCGAACGCACACCAGCGCGGUGGCCGUGUGGGUCUUGCCAUCUUUCCCCGAGAAUGGUGCCGGUGCAGGCGAUUACAACAACCCGGAAAGCGAUUUCUACAUCGAUUCGACCGAGGUCAGGACUGAGACUAUGAGGGCGAGAGGAGCAGGUGGCCAGCACGUCAACAAGACGGAGUCAGCUAUCCGUUUGACGCACACUCCAACCGGCAUCACGGUCAGCAUGCAGGAUCAGCGGUCGCAACAGGCCAAUAGGGACGCGGCUUGGAAGAUUUUGCGGUCAAGAAUAGCUAUCGCUCGCCGUGAGGCCAGGGAGGAAGAGGCGAAGAGCUUGAGGGACAGCGUCCUGUCCAAAGACAAGAUCACGCGUGGUGACAAGAUACGGACGUACAACUACAGUCAGGAUCGAUGCUCGGACCACAGGAGUGGGCUUGAUGUCAACAACCUCCCAGAUGUGCUCGAGGGUGGCAGGACCCUUGACAGGGUCCUGGAUAGUGUCAAGGAGUGGCGUUUGGGCAAGGACAUCGAAGCUGUCAUCGAGGAAGAGGAGGCUGCUGUCGCUUCAGACGCGAAGAAAGCGGCCAAAAAGAAAUAG